AUGUUACUAGCCUUAUCACCUUUUCCUUCAUAUGCAAUGACCACCCCUCGAUCAUCCUCACCUCUAAACCCCAAUCCCAAUGUCAGAUCCUCAUCACCAUUAUCAUCACCUACUCCCGGCUCAUCCAGCUCCAGGUACCAGUCGUUCUCACUUCCUUCCCCAUCGUCAUACAAAUCAUACUCCAAUGGUACUGCCCAGCUAAGAUCGACGAGAUAUAUGCGACCAUCUAAGCGAGCUUCUCUACCAUCUUCUUCUACCACUCCGACUGGCUCAGAUCUGUUUUCGGAGGGUACCACGCCGAUGGAAGGUCUAAUGUGGAGAGAGAAAUUUAGUCGGCGCGUGGAAGCCAGAGAAAAGAGAAAAGCAGAUAGGAAUAACGAACUGGAUAAAUGGAGGGGUUUGAGUGGUAGUAUACAGAGAGAGAUGAGUGUAGAAGAGGAGGAAGAACAGGAUAGGAAAGCUCAAGAGGAUGAUGAAGAGAUAUUCCGUCGUUUAGUGAUUCUUCAACGCAAGAAAUUCCAACAUGCUUCCCUCGUAUUUCACGAGAUGGAGACUGGCGGAUCUGAUCCACUGACACCUGAAUUCUGGGAAGAUGAAUUAGAGGAAUUACAAAAGGAAGAAAGGGAAUUGAUGAAUAGGUUGGAUAAUCACACGGAUGAACAGAACAACCAGAUUCAAAUUCAGCUACAACCCCAUGUUCAGGACCAAGAUCCAACUCGCAAUCAAGAAGAAGCAGAGUUGGAAGAAUGGCAGAUCCAAGCUGCUUUGGCGGAACAGGAAGAAUUGGAAUUGGAGGAAAUGAAUUUCGCAGAUCAGGUCGAACAUGCUUAUUUCGCUCAUCAAUCUCAAUCACAUCGACUCUCAGCCGAUAAUGUUCAUACAGCGAGAAUGGACGUUGAUAUGGAUAUGGAUCUGGACUCGCAAGUGAAUUGGGACGCUUUUGAUUCAAUGGACAUCGAAUGA